AUGAAUCACCUGACUAUUAAUAUGCUUGAGAUACUACUGAAGUAACUUAAAUAUUGGAAUUCUGAGUCAUAAAUUAACACUCCAAAGGUUUUACUUAUGGAGGGGGCAGGGGACUAAGCUUUUUGCUCAGGUGGAAAUAUGAGAGGUCUUUAUGAUGCUUAUAUUGGUGUGAGACCUAGGGAAUAUCAAGGUAUUUACACAGGUACUUUAUACAAUGUAGAUUAUUUAUUGCAUAAUAUGAAUCAAAUUCACGUAUGCAUUUGGAAUGGUUACGUAUUUGGAAGUGGCGCAGGUAUUUGCACAAGUGCUCCAGUUCGAAUAGCAUGUGAAAAUACUUAGUGGUCUAUGCCUGAAUGUGUUGCAGGAUUUUUAGUUGAUAAUGCUACUUCCAUUUUCUUCGCUUAGUUGAAAGGGGGUGGAGAGAAAUACAUCUGCUUAGGACUUUACUUAGCCAUUACCGGAAAAAGAGUCACUGGUAAUGAUUUGAUUAGAUGGGGUAUCUGCACUCAUUAUAUGGAAAAAAAUAAAAUAUAAAAAUUUAAAGAGGAAGUGACUAAAUUGGAAAGUGAUCAAAUCAAUCUUCUGCUGAUUUAAAGUAUUGCAGAUAAAUAUUCAUCUAACUAAGAAAUAAAUGAAUUGCCUUAGGACUAUGAGAUUAUAAAAGAAAUUUUCUAGCCCGACUCAAUUUAAAAGAUAGUUUAGAGAUUAAUUGAAUAUAAAGAUUAGACAGACCCUUUCAUUCAGGAUACCAAGAUGUAUAUUGAAAAGAAUUCCCCGAUUAGUAUGGCAAUAUGUUUUGAACUAGUAAUUAGAGGUUAAUUUAUGACUAAAAAAGAAGCACUUGAGUUAGAUUAUAAGGUUGGCUAGGGUCUUUUAAACUACCCAGAUUAUUUUGAAGGUGUAAAAAUGCUUUUGGUUGAAAAGGAUAGAAAUAAAAGACCUAAAUGGACUAAAAAUAGUGUAUUUGAGGUAACUAAAGAAGACCUUCAUUUCUUUUUUAACUACCCUGAUGACUUAAAGUAUCUGUGA